GAAGUUGUUGAACCAGCCCUCCUCGUGCUGGGAGUCAGCUGAAGCAAUUAGCUUAAACCAUAAAAAAGAAGAAAACAUAUUACUCCUCUUUACAUCUUGAGUAAUAUUUUUUAUACUGUCUGGAUAACUCUGAAGACGGUUGCAGGAUAUAUAUAUUUUUUUUUCAGAAGGUAAAUGUCUGGAAACGGGUUAGUAUCGAGCAUCGGGAGGCGGCUAACGACGAGCACGCUGAGUCCUUUCGAGCAGCUCGGUCGGCGGAUGUAUGACAUCUUGGGCGAUGGAGGAAUCCUGAAGGAAGUGGUCCAACCUGGAGAGGGCCCACCUGUGCCUCAAAACGCCUCAGUAAUAAUGUAUUACUCCGGCUACUUGGAGUAUUCUAAUCAACCUUUUGAAAGCACUGCACACCUCAAGUACCCUCCAAUGAUGAAGCUGGGAAGGGAUGUGACUUUAGCCGGACUGGAGCUGGGACUGUUGACCAUGAAGAAAGGGGAGUUCUCUCGGUUCCUGCUCCAACCGCAGUACGCGUACGGAGAAAUGGGCUGUCCACCCUUCAUCCCGGCUGCAGCUGCAAUUCUGUAUGAGGUUCACGUCCUGGACUACCUCGACUCGGGCCAAGUGGAUGAGUUUAUUUCAAUGAGCUCGGAGGAGCAGAGCAGCGUUCCUCUGUCCACACUUGUCAAAGUCAUCAACACACUCCGCAGCUUUGGCAACCGCUUCUUCAAUCAAAGCCGAUACGACCACGCCAAGGAUCGCUACAAGCAGGCGAUGACUCUCCUGAGGAAUCGGGACUCGCGAAACGAGCCGGACAAGGAGAAGAUCCAGGUGGCUCUGCUUCCGCUCUACCUGAACCUUUCGCUCACCGAGCUCCGACUGGAAAAUCCCAAAAAAGCCCUGAAGUAUGGCAAAAAGGCCCUGGAGAUCGACUCAGCCAACACAAAGGCCCUGUUCCGCUGCGGACAGGCUUACCACGAGCUGCAGGAGUUUGAGAGCGCUCAGGAUUGCCUCAUAAUGGCUCAGUCGAAGAAGCCGUUCGACAGCGACAUCAACAACCUCCUGAGGUGUGAAGAUUCAACAGCUUGCUUCUUGUUCAUGUUCCUCUCUUCUAGCUGCAAAAGUAGGUUUUGCUCAUGUUAUAAAGUACUAUGUUCACUAAUUUCUUUAUGAUUAGGAUUGCUGCUUUUUGGUUGCUGUUCAUUGUAAUAAAUGCUUGUGUUUUCUUGGUUUGCCAAAGUCAGACGUUUGCUUGACCUUGAAUCACUCCUGUGGUUAAUUUAAAUUAAAAACAAUUACACUUUUUCUGG